CUCAACGACACGACAACUUUCGCCACAACGCGUCAAUCGAGGUCACCAGACAAGAUGGCUUGGUUUCUCGUUCACCAAGAUGCUGAAAACCAUGAAAAAAGCAAAUAUCCCCUGCAGGCAGGCCAGAAGUUGUUCCUCGCGCGAACCUCAGACGGAUGGUCCCUAACUCCGACAGCUAAAGAGCCCGUUCUGGGGUCGAUCACAAUGCAGUCUUCAGGUGUAGUAGUUCUUGAAGCGGUACUCGAGCCUUUGGAGAUUCUACCGUAUCAUCAGCAUCAUCUACCAAGUAAAGGCAGUCCUGUUAAACCUUCACUUGAAGGUUAUAUACUGCAACCAUCUACGCAAAAACGAUCUGAAGUAAUGCUUCUACGCGAGAAAGAUACUAUCAAGUCUUCCCAUGUUCCGAAUUUUCAUCUUGUUUUGGCCCGAGGAAACCCAACGCAGGUUCAAGUUAGUUCGUCUGUGUCCCAGAUUCCGGAUUCCGAAGAAGUUCGGAACGAGAACAACGAUGCUGGAGAAGCAACUGAAGAUGACGAAGAAGAUCUCGAUACGACAAUCAAAGUUGCCCAAUCAAUUUCUCGUUCCACACCACUUCCGUCUGCUGCUCGAACCGAAGUAGUGCAGGAAACGCCGACAGCAGAUCGCAGCCUGUUCGGACCCCACCCCGCCGAAACCUUCUCAACUGCUCCCACGAAACCUGAGGAUGACAGCAUGGAAGACCAAGAGACUCCUGAUGGUAGAGAGAAGACCCUGUCCCAAGCCAUAGACGACGUAUUGCAACCUCAUCACCGCAACCCCAAAACAGAGCUUCCUACCAAAAGAACCAAACCAACCCCAUCCCACACCGACGAAUGGGAAGUCCCUUCCCCACCCCCCAAACGCGCCAAAACAAAAUCAACCCCAACUCCCAUCCCGUCAACCACCAAACGCAAAAAGCGCGGCCCAGAUCCUCCCUCCCCUCCCCAAGAAACCCCUCCACCAACAACCACCCACUCCCCAUCAUCUACCUCCCCCCAACACGCCCUAGAAAACCCCCGCGUAGCCUUCAGCAACUCAUCCAUAACGCCCACGGGCCAACUCGCAAAAUUCCUAAAACGCCACGGCGGAACCAUAGCAGACAGCAUAACCCCCUUCUGCACAGUGCUCUGCAUCAAAUCCGGCGUCCUAGUCAGAACGCCCAAACUCCUGCACUCCAUCGCUCUCGGCAUCCCAAUCGUCACAGACGCAUGGCUCGUGGAUUCCACCACCGAAGGGCACUUCCUCCCGCUGGAGGACUACAAACCCCUCUGCGAGAAACAAGAACAAGACUGGGGGUUCGAUAUUGAAAAGAUCUGGGGCGUACCGCAAGAUUCACUCUUCGCGGAGUAUACUAUCGUGUUCACGCCUGCGCUGAAAGCGAAGUACAAGGUUUUCACCGAGAUCGAGAACGUUUGUAGAGCCGCUGGUGCUGCGAAGGUCCUUGUCAAGGUCCCUGGGACGAAGGAGGAGAGCGAUCCCAAGGGAACGAUUGUACUUGCUGUUGGUACAGAGGACACGAAGGCUUUCAAGGGUAGGAUGUUUGAUAAGGAGUUUUUGCCGCGGGCGAUUUUGAGGGGCAGGGUUGAGGUUGAGAGUGAGGAGUUUAGGAUUGUGAGGGAGGAGGAUGAUGAUGGUGACGAUGGUGGUGGACAGGAAGAAGACGUAGAGGAGGGAAUUGUGGUGGCUACAAAGAAAAAGAUUGCGGGCGGUGGAUCCGCGAAGAAGAAGAAGAAUGGGAAGGGGAAGAAGGGUUAGUGGAGUCAGAUGCACUCCCUGUUUUUUGAG